AUGAAAGAUAACUAUUCUGACUACACGCAGGCGAGAUAUUCAAUGUGAAAGUUUAUUUAGGACGAGUCAGCCAGUCUUGUUGUCUACACAUCCUACUACAAUCUGCAAUGUACUGCAAGUAUUCACUGAAACUGAAGGGUUAUACAAAAAUAGGCUGUGCUACGCCAGAUACGAAAAACCACUAAAAAACCACUCUCUAGAAGUGGCCAAAAAUAUGUGGAUACGUAUUCCUCAACUAAUGCAGCAGCACUAUACCCCGAGAAAAGGGUAACUAAAAUAAACCUAGUUACACUACUAAUCACACAGAAAAUUCAAUGAAAGCAUUGAUAUUUUACAGAGAGUUGUAAAACAAAAUUACAUUGACCGAUUUAGAAUGACUGAAUUUUCCCCGCGAAACGCUUAAAUAAUCCAUGUAGCCUGCGGGUGCACAAGAGUGCUACGACGGGAGCGGCGAAGCCCGCAGGUUUCGAGCCCAGCCGUUUGCAAAGAGUCUGGGAGGGUUCUGCCCUUAAAAUAAGACCCCUCUCAGACCUCUUUUACGCCCAUUUUGCUCUCCAGUUCUAAUCUCAAGGGCCUCAUACUCGUGCCAUAUCUUAAAUGAGAGUCUGCACUUCUCAAAAAUCUUUUUACUAAAGAACGUAUGGCUAAUGGAAUACUCAAAUAUCUUUGGAACGACUUAAUUCAAUGAACUAUAAACAUGACACCUUCAUUGUUGUGACUCUAAAAAAGGUUAAAACGUCGCCCAAGAGAAAGGUACUUAUUCAUGCACUGAGCUCGCUUGGAAAAGAUUACUCAUAGAGUAGAGUUGAACCCUUUCCUCUAUCUGCAUCUGUGACCGAAAUAUUACACAAUGAUGAAGAUCUUACCAUAAUUGUAUGGAAUUGACUGUAAAUUUGACUUUGAAUUGGAGGACGGGUUUAAUGCUGGAGAUGGGGUGAGGUUCUUCGUUAUCCCCAGCUCCCGAACAAAUGACAUCCUCGAUCUUCCUUCUACCUCAAACGUUGCUCGAGACGGUCAGUUGCCAUGGAUGUUCCGAACCCAUGAAGCAAGUGUGGAGGCUGGGGGAUGCAACACAAAAGGUACAAUUUGCAAACACAAGUAUAGUUCAAAGAAACAUUACGGUCUCAUAGGCAUAGAUCUGUAG